AUGUAUUUGAUGAUUUUGUUUAUCGUGUUCUGUCCAUUUUGUCAAGGAUAUUGGAGCCUUUAUGCCGUUCCAACAACUACAAUCGGAAAAAAUAACGUCACUGUUUACUGCUACAUUUAUGAAUAUCCUAAUGAAAAUAACAUUAUCCCUGAAGUGGUCAUGGAAAUUCGAACAAAAAACAAAAGAGACUGGAAAGAACUUGCAAUGACUAAUAAAACGGGAUCCUACACUUUCCAAACAGAUCAAAGCGUGGACAUUUAUAGCAUGUCUUCUUUCAAUUGUCGCAUGUAUCCUUGGAGUGAAAUAAAUUGCAGGACAAGGAUAAUUGUCUCUUUUACACUGAGCAUGUGUUCAAUUGACCCAAACCUCUACACAAUCUUUCGUUGUAGAGUGUCCAACGGAAGUGAAAUUUUUGAAAGUCAGGAAAAAAGUUUUGUGCUGACAAAAGGAACAUCUCCAAACGAAAUUCAGGCCCCCACCAUUGUAAAAAGCAGCGGGGAAGGACCAGGAGACGUGCUGCACCUUAAAUGCAUUGCCGAAGUUGAAAGCAUAAAUGGACUACCAAGCCAGAACAUCAGAUGGUGCAAGAAUAUUUCUGGAAAAUUCACUAAAAUACCUCUACAAGACCCUCCAAAUAUCGUGCCAGUAUCUAGCAGCACAGAUGGAUGCAUAAAUGUUCAACAAUCGGAGAUUUUUUACCACAUCAUGAAAAGUGAUGCAUACUUAGAAAUAAUGUGUGAAUCGGGCUACAACAGAUACACUAGUGAAUGUGGAAAAGGAAGUGUAAAUGCAACGGUAUUCAUUAACACAAAAACUUCGACUGAAGAGGGACAGUGGAAAGUAUCUCCUAUCGUGAUAUACGACGAAAAUGAAGUUAUAGAUGGACAGUAUAUCAACAUACAAGGAAUUGGAAGAACCAUUCAUCUGUUCUGUAGUGCUUCCUCAUUCACAUCUAACGAACAG